CAUUUUUAGCCUGCUUUGUCAUGAGCUUUGUAGAGGAAGAAGAUAAAACAAAUAAUAAAACUUGAAACCAACAAUUUAAUACAAGCAUGAAUGGUCCAACCCACCCCCCAUGAAAGUUCCACCACCUCUCACCUCUCCUCCUUUAUAUCUCCUCUCCCUGCAAUUCCUUCUGAUUACAAUUAAUGCCCUUCCUCCAAAUCAACCCACACAAAACUCACAACUUUACACAUCCAAACAGCCCCUAAUAAAACUCUUCAUCUCCCUCCCAUGGGCAAGAAAAUGAAGCUCCUCCCUUCCAUUUUCAAGAACAGAGAGCUGCUGCAGAGUUCAUGGCAAUGGCCGUCUUGCGCCCAAGCAAAGACCCUUUCUUUCCGGACACCCACCGGCGACGAAACGGCCAUUUUCAAGACUGUAAACUCCGUCUUCUCCGACGGGGCUGACUCGCCGGAAUCUUGGUUCACCAACACCCCGGAAUCCACCAGCUUCUUGACUGAUCAUUCGGAGGACAGCCACCUGGAAACCAUCAUACGCGGAGUAAGAUCAUCGGAGAGGCUGUUUUUCGAGCCCGGCGAACAAACUACCUCGUCGAUAAUCAUGGCAGAUCAGUCAAAGGAAAAAACAACGAUCGAUGGAGAAGAAGAAGAAGGAGGAGAGAGUCCGUUCAAAGAAAGUGUGAUUCUGGCCAUGGAAUCAGACGACCCAUACAGGGAUUUCAAGAGGUCCAUGCAAGAAAUGGUGGAGAGCUAUUCCGGGAUGAAGGAUUGGGAAUGGCUGCAGGAGCUUCUUGGAUGGUAUUUGAAGAUGAAUGGGAAUGGGAAUCAUGGGUUCAUUGUGGGAGCUUUUGUGGAUUUGCUUAUUGAACUUUCUGCUCCCAAAACUUCUGCGGAUUCUCUCAGCACUUCAUAUUCAUCUGCUCUUUCUUCUUUAUCUUCCCCUACUUCUCCUUUGUCUCCUCUAGGUCACAAGGAGAUUGUGGAAGAGCAAGGAUGAAGAUAUAGUUUCAAUGAUUUAUUUCAUCACUUUCAUUUUUUUUUUUUCCUUUUUAUGGGUAUAUUAUUUUUGGGAUUCAUCCCGAGGGCUCCCACUUGCUCUAGUCUCGGAGUUUUAGUGGAGGAGAUAAACCAUGGAAUGUACUUUAACAGCUUACUAGUUCACCAAAUGUUUGUAUAUUAUUAUUUUAUUAGGUAUAAAGUUUCGAUACUCUCAUUU